AUCCGAUGCCUGCCGGCCACAACCUCCGAAGCCGAUCUGCGUCUCAUGCUCGUCUUCUCUCAGGAGCUCGUCAAAAUCGAGUUUAUGGGCUCCGACAACUAUGAGGGCGUCCACUACCGCUCGGCUGUGGUGGUCUUUCGGAGUAUGCAUGGCGCGACUGAAGUCCGAAACAUGCUCGACGGCCGCGCCAACGGUCGCGCCAAGUUGAUGGUUAGCAUCUUGCCCUCGCCCGACUAUGGAUCGCCCGACUACGGAUCGCCCGACUACGGAUCGCCCGUCAGUGCGCCAUUCACCAUGCCAAACGGAGCACCCAAUGCCAGCGCGGAUAUCUUUACGGCGCCAGUCUAUCGUCCACAGCCGGCUCCUAUCGGCAACGGCUUUCCGCCCCGUGACGCAAUGUCGCCGACAUCCAAGGCCGGUCGCUUCUUCCCAGCUGCUCCUCCUCAUCAGGACCUUGCUGCUCCAGACACAAAAGCCGGCAGCCACUACAAGAGUAUCUUUAACGCACAUUCGCCUAUUGGCAACCAUCUCGCCAACGAGGCGUCAGGACGACUGGGAAAGCACCUCAUCAAUGAUGAGCUUGGCGAUGAUGACGAUGGGGAGCUCCUUAGGGAUUCAUUUGCCUACGCGGGUAAGGCCACCCCUGCCCAGCGGAGAGGCACUACCCCUCAAGACCCGAUCAGCCAAGCAAUGGCAAACCUGGCUCUCAACUCGGGCGCCUCUUCUACCCCCUCGCCAAUGCCGGCAUCCUGCAACAACAACAGCAACAGCAACAGCUGCAGUCACAGCAGCCAGCAGCAGCAGCCACGAGCGCAACCCCAGCAAGACAAGCAGGAUAAGCAGCAGCAGCAACAGCUGCCGUAUGGAAAGCCCAAUUUUCCUCCCGUCAACCCUGCGGAUCAAAAUCCCCCCUGCAAUACCCUCUACGUUGGCAACCUGCCCAUUGACACGUCCGAGGAGGAGCUCAAGGCCUUGUUCUCCCCCGUACGGGGUUACAAGAGGUUGUGCUUCAGAACCAAGCAGAACGGCCCCAUGUGCUUUGUCGAGUUUGAAGACAUUGGCCAUGCCACCAAGGCACUGAGCCAGCUGUAUGGAUGGUGCUUACACAACAGCGUCAAGGGUGGCAUCCGCCUGAGCUUCUCCAAGAAUCCUCUUGGCGUUCGCUCUCCUCCCUCGCAGGCUCCUCAUGGAAACCUGCCUCCUGUCAACGGAAUAACCCCGUCCACAGCCAAUGGCUUUACGGCGGCCAGUGGCCCUCCCCCUGGCCUGCCUAAACCGACCAACUUUGGCAACCGGACCUAUACCUCGUAUACCCCCAACAGCCGCGGCAGC